AUGGGUUAUUGGUGGAAAAGGGAAGGUCUACUUAUGGUGGAAACGGGCAUCGCCCUUCCAUCAUUCUUGCCCUUAACAAUCACUGUCUCUCUUAAUGAAUACCGUAUCGGCGUGGGAAGAGCACAUUUCGAGAAACAACCUCCGAGCAAUCUGAGAAAAUCCAAUUUCUUUCAUUUCGUGAUCGCACUGUACGACAGAUCUCAGCAGCCAAUUGAAAUCGAACGGACCGCGUUCAUUGGAUUCAUCGAAAAGGAUCAGGAAUCCGAGUCGCAGAAGACCAACAACGGUAUUCAAUAUAGACUGCAGCUGUUGUAUGCUAACGGUGUGCGACAAGAACAAGACAUUUACGUGAGGCUCAUCGAUACCGUUACCAAACAAGCCAUCAUUUACGAGGGUCAAGACAAGAAUCCAGAGAUGUGCCGGGUGUUGCUCACGCACGAAGUCAUGUGCAGUCGAUGCUGUGAUAAGAAAAGUUGCGGAAAUAGAAACGAAACACCAUCCGACCCGGUCAUCAUCGACAGUCAACUAUUGACUCCACACGCCAUACAAGUGCAAACACCGCCCAGGCCCAUACCCGGCAUCGUGGAGGUAACGUUGUCAUAUAAAUCCAAACAGUUUUGCAAAGGAUCUCCCGGCAGAUUCGCGUACAUAUCACUCAGUGAACCGACCAUCGACUACGGUUUCCAAAGACUACAAAAAUUUGUACCCAGAUAUCCAGGUGAUCCCGAAAAACUGCCAAAGGAAGUGAUCCUGAAGCGGGCCGCGGAUUUAGCGGAAGCACUUUAUACGAUGCCCCGGAACAAUCAACUGUCACUAUCGCUGCCCAGGUCGCCGUGCUCGCGGGACAGGGACGGCAACAACAUGUCGACGACGGCGGGGCCGGUGGGCACGGGAUUCAAUCCGUACACCGGACAGCUGGCGGUAACCGUUCACGACCACGGUGCGACUGGUCAAUGGAACGACGGAAUGGGCACUUUGGUUACAUCUCCGUUCGCAAUGAAUCCGUUCGCUCUACCUAACUGCAACGGACAGCCGUACGCCACAAGCCCGUUAAUCAGCUCGUCUGCGAA